CCAUUAUCAGACCGUUGUGCAAGCCUAAACGUAAAUUACUUUAAAAUUAAGAUAAAACCUCCACGUAAAAUAUAACAUACUGCAACUCAUCGAGAUCGAUCAAAUACUAGUACUAGUGUAGUAGUAGUAGUAGUGAUUUCCAGAGACGUAAUAACCAGAUCGAAGAGCGCACCACACCAAAUCCAGGGAUGGGUUCUAAUUCUAAGCCUCACCAAGAUGAUGACUACAUCGUCAUGUUGCCCUUUCUGGCUCAUGGCCAUCUCAUACCUUUCUUAGCCUUAGCCAAGCAAAUUCACCAGAGAACAGGCUUCACCCUCAUCAUCGCCACCACCAAGCUCAACGUCCAGUACCUCCGCCGAACCUCCUCCAACAAAGAUGACGACUCAGACUCAGGUAUCCUCUUCGCCGAGCUACCCUUCUCCUCUUCCGACCAUGGCUUACCCCCCAACACCGAAACCACCGAGAACUUGUCUCUCGCCAAAGUUAUCGACCUCUUCCAUGCUUCCCGAUCUCUGGAAACUCCUCUCCGGAACUUAAUCCACGAAUCCAUCGGGAAAUAUGGCCGGCCGCCGCUUUGUAUUAUCUCCGACGCGUUUACCGGGUGGGCGGUGGAUGUGGCAAAUAGCUUCGACUCCAUCAGUAUCACUUUCACGACCUGUGGCGCUUACGGCACUGCGGCCUACGUCUCUAUCUGGCUCGAACUCCCUCACCGGAAAACAGAAUGUGAAGAAUUUGAGGUCAAAGGGUUCCCGAAACGGUGCCGUUUCCACCGUUCUCAUUUACAUCAGUUCCUGAGAGCAGCCGACGGUUCAGAUCCAUGGUCGACAUUAUUUCAACCCCAGUUGAUGCUUUCUCUGAAAUCUCAUGCCUGGUUGUGUUACACCGUCGAAGAAGUCGAAACCCUCGGACUCCAAGUCCUCCGGGAUUACAUUAAACGCCCCGUUUGGUGCGUUGGUUCGCUUCUCCCUCAAGCUGUGUUAAACGACGAGUCGUGUUCACCUUCUUCUUCUUUGAGAUUUUCCAAACAGAGAGUCAGUAAAGAAGUUGGUAUAUCAGCUGAGAAGUUGUUCGAGUGGCUCGAUUCGCAAGAACCCAAGUCCGUUCUGUACAUCUCGUUCGGUUCUCAGAACACAAUCGGAGCAACCCAGAUGAUGGAAUUGGCUAUCGGACUGGAGAAGAGUGAGAAGCCUUUCGUUUGGGUGAUAAGGCCUCCAGUGGGGUUCGAUUUGAAAGGAGAGUUUAGGCCAGAGUGGUUGCCAGAAGGGUUCGAAGAGCGAGCCAAGGAGAAGAAUCGGGGCUUGUUGGUGCGGAACUGGGCGCCCCAAUUGGACAUUUUGGCGCAUAAGUCUAUAGGUGCGUUUCUCAGCCAUUGUGGGUGGAAUUCGGUGCUGGAGAGCUUGAGCCAGGGGGUUCCGAUCAUUGGGUGGCCAUUGGCGGCCGAGCAAAGUCAUAAUUCGAAGAUGUUGAGGGAGGAGAAAGGGGUGGGUGUGGAGCUGACUAGAGGAGCUCUGGGGUCCAUUGUUGGGGAUGAAGUGAAGAAGGUGAUUGAUUUGGUGAUGGAGAGAGAUGGUGAAGGAGAGGAGAUGAAGAAAAGGGCUAAUGAGAUUAAGUUGCAGAUAAGAGCUGCCGUGAAAGAAGAGGGAGAACAGAAAGGGUCUGCUCUCAAAGCCAUAGAUGAUUUUGUUGCUUCAAUUCUAGCACAUAGAGAGGAAAAUGUCAAGAACAAGGAGAUUUUAACUUGAUUUGAUGAAGAAUUAGCUUUUCUUUUCAUGUCUUUUGAUAAUAGAACUAACAAAAACAAUUGUGUAGUUUUCAGCAGUGCUCUAAUUUAGUUGGUUUGUACUUGCCAGAGUUCUCAUUUUCCAAUGCAACUUGAUUAGGCAAAGCAAUAAGAGGCAAAUGAAAAUUUGUUAUU